GGAUAUAGCUAAGGCAGUUCUAAGAGGAAAGUUUAUGACAAUAUAUUUAUAUUUAAAAAAUCAUGGUGAUGCAUGCCUUUAGUCCUGGUACUCAAGAGGCAGAAGCAGGGGGAUCUCUGAGUUUGAGGCCAGCUUACAGGUCUUCAGAGCAAAUUCCAGGACAGCAAGGGCUACACAGAGAAACCCUGUCUCAAAAAAACAAACAAACAAAAAAUAAGAGAGAGCAGGGCAUCGUAGCCACCCACCAGCCUGCCAGCUUUCUGGACCAUGCCAACCUGGAGGGUGACAUCAUAGCCAUCCAGCCAGCUGAUGUACAGCACGGCCUGGUGGGUGAGAUCAAGUGCUUCUGGGAGAAAGGGCUCCACCUAGUGGCCAUUACGUCCCUUCUGGCCAAUGAAGAGCUUCUGAAGCGGUAUGAAACUUUGACCUGGAAGACUCCUUUUCUUCCAGGGCUGGUGGAGUACAUAAACUCAGGGCCAGUUGUAGCCAUGGAACAUCAUUCAUGGCAAUGA